UAGACUAUAUCAUGUCUUAUUCGGACUCACUGGUUUUCUCUUUCUCCGAUACGCAGAGUCCAUUCCCCAACAAUGGCGACGAAAAUGGCGAUCCCUCGUUUUGCUAGCAAAAUGAUGUUUUCGAACUUUGCUUUUUCUCCACCACCUACUGCUGCAGCUACCAGUGCUCCUCCGGCAGCAGAACCCUCAACAAAACUCUUUGUUUCAGGGCUUAAUAAACGUACUACUUCAGAAGCACCGACAGAUGCCUUUGCGAAAUUUGGUGAAGUUGUUCAAGCUCGGGUUGUUACUGACCAUGUUUCAGGAUACUCCAGGGGCUAUGGUUUCGUGAGAUAUGCCACUUUAGAUGAUGCCGAUGAAGGUAUCAAGGGCAUGGAUGGCAAGUUUCUGGAUGGUUGGGUUAUUUUCGCUGAGUAUGCUAGACCAAAAACUCAACAAUCACCUCCUGUGAAAAACACGGGGUUGCCGCCACUGUAUAGGAAUUACUAGUUUCUUUGUAUCGUUCAAGUUUACCUUCUCUCGUGUAUACCUGAAUGUCCUGAAGACAGCUAGAAGUGCCCUCUGCUUUGUGUUUGAAGAAUUAAACUCCUGAAAAGCAGAAUGAGAUUUGAAAAUUAGAUUCUUAGUUGUAGACAUUCUUCUUAUAGUACUGUGAGAAACAGAGUUCUAUUGCUUUGUGAGUGUUGAAAGAGGAAUUUAAGAUCAUAAUCUUAAGGCCUUGCAUUCAAAAGUAAUCCUCAACUGCAAAUAGCUUAAAGCCUUAUUUUCAGAUUUAUGUCGUGUAUUCGCAUUAUAUAUUGGGUUUGUUUACUAUUGUGGAGAUGUAUAAUAUUGCCUU